GCUGGAACUGUCAUGGACGCCCCGGCAGUGCUGACCCGGGCGGCUGCGCGGCGAAAGCGGCAGCAGGGACUCGCGUCCCCGGAGGCCGGGACGCCGGAGGGGCGGGAGCGGCGGCCCGGGAGACGGCGGCCGGCACGCAGAAUUCAAGAAGACCAGGAGGAAGCAGCAGAAGCAGAGGCGGUCUUUCGGGAAGUGGUCAGUUUCUCCUCGGAUCCUUUGCCAGCUAGAUAUUAUGACAAGGACACCACCAAGCCUAUCAGUUUUUACUUGUCCUCCUUGGAGGAGCUUCUGGCCUGGACGCCCCUCAUGGAGGACAGCUUCAACAUGGCCCUGGAGCCCCUACAGUGUCGCCAGCCCCCGCUGAGCAGCCCCAGGCCCCGGACCCUGCUGUGUCAUGACAUGAUGGGCGGGUACCUAGAAGACAGGUUCAUCCAGGGCGCCGUGGUGCAGACGCCCUACUCCUUCUACCACUGGCAGUACGUGGACGUCUUCGUGUACUUCAGCCAUCACACGGUCACCAUCCCUCCGGUGGGCUGGACCAACGCUGCCCACAGACAUGGCGUCAGCGUGCUGGGGACUUUCAUCACCGAGUGGAGCGAGGGGGGCAGGCUCUGCGAGGCCUUCCUGGCCGGGGAACAGCGCUCCUACCAGGCCGUGGCCGAUCAGCUGGUUCAGAUCGCUCAGUUUUUUCGCUUUGAUGGCUGGCUGAUCAACAUCGAGAACUCUCUGAGUCGAGCCGCCGUGGGAAACACGCCUGCUUUCCUCCAGUACCUGACCUCCCAGCUCCACCGGCAGGUCCCCGGGGGCCUGGUGCUGUGGUAUGACAGCGUGGUGCAGAGCGGGCAGCUCAAAUGGCAGGAUGAGCUCAACGAGCACAAUCGGGUCUUCUUCGAUGCCUGUGAUGGCUUCUUCACCAACUACAACUGGCGGGAAGAGCACCUGGAACGGAUGCUGGCGCUGGUCGGCGAGCGCCUGGCCGACGUGUAUGUGGGCGUCGACGUGUUCGCCAGGGGGAAAGUGGUCGGAGGCCGCUUUGACACAGAUAAGUCGCUGGAGCUGAUCCGGAAGCAUGGCUUCUCUGCUGCUCUCUUUGCUCCCGGCUGGGUAUACGAGUGUCUGGAGAAGAAGGAUUUCUUCCAGAACCAGGACAAGUUCUGGGGUCUGCUGGAACGCUACCUACCCACACACAGCAUCUGCUCCCUGCCUCUCGUCACCUCCUUUUGCCUGGGCAUGGGGAAGAGGAGAGUCUGCUAUGGCCAGGAGCAGGUGGCGGGGCCCUGGUACCACCCGAGCGCCCAGGAGGUGCAACCCCUCUUCGGUGAACACAGGCUGGCCGGGCACAGCCAGGGCUGGGUGAAGACACAUUGCUGCCUGGCCGAUGCCUGGCACGGGGGCAGCUCCCUGCUCAUCCGCGGGGUGAUCCCUCCCGAGGUUGGCAGCGUGGCCGUGAGGUUGUUUUCCCUGCAGGUCCCCGUGCCGCCUAAGAUUUUCCUGUCCAUGGUGUAUAAGCUGGAAGGGUCUUCGGACGUCAAGGUCGCUUUGGAACUUAGCACCGGGGACACUGGGUGUGCCAUUGACAAUGUCUCCGUGCUGAGUGCAGAAGCUGGCUCCAGGCACAGCCCCCGGCCCCUCCGGGUGCCCCCCACCAAGCUGGCUAGAUGGGUGGGCCGCUGUGGCCAGCAGCGUGGCGGAGGCUGGAUCCAGCGCUGCUAUGAGGUGAGCCUGCGUGAGUGCCUCCUGCAGGACCUCUUCGUGAGCUUCUCCCGGACACGGGGCAGCCGGGAGGAGGAGAGCUUCGCCUGUCGCCUCGGGGAGAUUCAGGUGGUGGACGCCGAGAGCCUGCUGGCCCCUCUGCCCCAGGUGCAGGAUGUGACCAUCUCACAGGUCCGCUGGCUGCCACCGGCCUCCGGCUCCGAGGGGCCCCUGGCCGAGCUCAGGCUCAGCUGCACCCUGCACUGGUCCUACCUCCUCCGCCACGCCCGGGGCUUCCGAAUCCACUGGUGGCAGAGGACCAGGGGGGGUUCCCCCGGCCCGGAGAGGCCCACAUUCCUGGGCCUGGCUUUUGCCGCCCAGUACCGGGUGGUGGACUUGCUGGUGGUGGCCACAGGGCCGGGCCAGGAGGGCCGGGUGGAAUUCCUGGUGGAGCCUGUCCCCAGGGAAGGCUUUGUGGUGCCUCAGGCUGAAUGGGGCAGGGCGGCCCUGGUCUAUGCUGCCCCCUAGUCCGAGGGCCCCAAAGCAUAGCGCCUCCUCACCUCCGAUUGCUGCAGCCAUGCAAGACCCCUGCCAAGUAAAGCCAGGGCCCCAGAAAACCUGUCUCCAGACCUUCCCUGUGGCUUUCUGCGUGGGUCACAGGAGCGGGCUGGUGGUGGCGGCUCUGGAUAGGCGGGGCUCUGCACGCGCGCCCCACACUGCGUGCUUCCCAAGGACAAAGGAGAGGGCUUGCGGGGGCUGCCUGGAGAACCCCACAGAGGGCUCCCUGUGAUAGGCUGGAAGAUGCCCGUGCUAUUCAUUGGAUGGCUUUUUAGAAACAAAUUGUGGUAAGAGAGCUCCCCAGCAGGCCAGGGGAAGGUCUGAAAAGAUGCAGUUCUCGGGUGGCUAGGGGACCAGGCGCCCCGACCGGCGGACGGGGAGCAUCACAGCCCCCCUGUGUGGGGUGUGCCUGCCCCGGCCCAGAUGUUGGGGCCAGUAGCAGCUUUGGUGCCCUCCCCUCCCCCCUGUGGCUGGCCUUCCCCUGGGUGCCACUGGAGCCCCUUUCCGGCCUUUUCUCCUGUCCCUGCUCUGCCGCACGGCUUCUGCAGAGGUCCUGCUGAGCCCUGGGUGGCCUGUCCCCCACCCCCCGCAAUCUGUGGGUCUCUGGGCCUCCAGCAGCGCUCCAGCACCCCGCCCCCUCCCAGAGCCAUGUGAGGGGCUGAGGUGGCACGGGCAGCAUCAAAGGCUGGGCGGGGGUGGGUCUCACCUCUGGGUCACAUAGGCUCAGGCCUCCUGUCCACUUCCUAUGCCCCACAUGUGCUGAGCCCACCCGGAAGCCACCCCUCGGGGUCAGUCUGUGGACUGCACCUUGCACAGGAGACAGGCUGCCCGGUGCUGGGGCAGCCAUGCGCAGGGUAGGUGGGCUGUGUUUUCCUGAGAGCUGAGGGCCCAGUCUGGAGCCGCAGGUCUCCUGCGGGGCUCAGUUCCCCCACCUUCCCUGCUUCUGGCAGGAGCCUGCGACCUCAGGCUGGGCACAUCCUAGGACCCAGGGCAGGGCCCUGCCCCUGCUGGCUGCUGACUGCUGCAGGCCAAGCCCUGGCUCCCGCAGUCCCGGGAGUGGCCAGCAGGCUCACCUUGGUGGCAGUCACCGUACAAGCCAACGUCUCUGCUGUCUCAGAGCUUUGGCUUUCCUGCUAAACCUGCCCCAGAGCGCCAAGUCUCCCAGCUUGAGCGAGGGCAGGGCAGCCUGGCAUCUGCGCCCACUUCCUUUGUUUCAGGAUGUCUGUGUUUUAGUGCCAGCGCCUCCAAAUACUUUCUGCAGAGGAGGGAAAAUUUAUAGUGGCAAUUAUUUCCUCACAGUCUGGUGAUCAAGCAAUUAGAAGGAAAGGGGCCUAGCAGAGCGUGGCGUUUGGCCGAGAGCAGGGCCCAGUCCCGGCGGUGCAGGCUCCAGUGCGGGAAAAUUAAUCUGCCAGCGUUGAAGCCCGCGUCCCUCUGGUGGGUGUGAUUACUCUGAAAUAAAUUACCCGAC